AUGAUGCUACUUCCAAAUGUAUCGCGGGAUUUGCAGAUAGCAAUUUUCAAAGCUUACCCUAAAAAUAUAAAAUCUCGUAAUGAUUGGUUUAGUUUUCUCAAUCAUAUGGAAAGAAAAGUUAGAUCAUUGGAUCGAGAGUCAACAGCGACUAACAUACUUUUAAAUUUAUAUAAAAGUGCUAUAGAUUCAUUAGAGGUGGAUUGGUCAGAUGAAAUUUAUCUUACAAUUUUUAUCAGAACAGCAGUUUUAGCAUCAUAUGAGAAUUCGGACUGCGGUCCUGCAUUUCUGAGCUUGUGUUCUAUAAAUGGACGUCGAAAUCCACAGUUGAUUGCGGCUGUAGCUUAUUAUUAUUCUAAACAAGGAGAUAAAAGUAGAGCUAAAAGUCUUUUAAACUCUACAAAAAAGUGUGUAGACAUAUGUGGGGUGGAAUUGUUGUGUAGAGCCGAAAGUAUGCUAGAUACAGACGAUGAUUUUAAAUCGUUAUUAGGACCAUUUUAUUACAAACCAGACUUUUAUUUCGAAGAUAUAAAUUGUUCUCAGGCAAGUUCAAGUGAAAUUUCUUCAGUUCUGGAUUCUACUUGUCCAAAUGAUCACACAGAAGAACGUUCUCAGUCUGCGAUAGACAUCAAUUUUGAACCGAAUGGAAAUUCACCAGACUAUCCUAGUAAUUGUAAUGCAGUUGAAUCAAUACAAAUAAUUGGUCCAUCCAGGGAUUCAUAUAAUUUUUCCCGGUCCCUCAAAUUACCAGGGCUUCCAGAAGAAUUGUCAGUUACUUCAGUCACAAGUAAUCCACAUAUGGAAUCAUUACAACAGCCUGAACUAUCCACCAUCGUUGGUUCGAUCAAAUUGAAUGGAAGUUGCGAAAAGGUAUUUCCGUUUAAUUCGGAUAAGAAAUUGAUUUCUGUCGGUGUGCAAACUGAGCUGGUCAGUGAAAGUGAACAAUUUAUUAUUGUUAAUGGUAAAAAGUAUCAAGUAAUUAAUGAAUUGGGACGGGGAGGUUCAUCAGUGGUGUAUUGGGCUAUGGACUCCGAUUUAAAUCCAUGGGCGGUGAAAAAAGUUGAUUUGAAAAAUCUUACACAAGAAACAGUUACGUCGUAUAUAAAUGAGAUUGAGAUGCUUAAAAGUUUGAUAAAUUCCGACAGAAUUAUCCGACUAUAUGAUUAUCACUGUACAUCAGAAAAUCUCAUACUUGUUAUGGAGAAAGGAGAUUGCGAUUUGAAAAGUGUAAUUCUUAGCUUUUGGUCUGGUGGUGCAAAAAAAUCGCCUCGUUCACCAUCAGGUAUGCUUUCAUCUGGGAUUGUAUUCUACUGGGAUCAAAUGUUGCGGUGUGUGAAAGCACUUCAUGAUCGUCGUAUUGUUCACUUAGAUUUAAAACCACAAAAUUUUGUUCUAGUCUAUGGACAGUUGAAGCUUAUUGAUCUAGGGAUUAGUCGUCUGUUACCAGAUGAUUCAACAACUGUAAACCAUUGGCUAAAGUUGGGAACAUUGUCUUUCAUGAGUCCAGAACAGUUGGAAGAAGCUGCUGCUAUUCCUUCAUCCUCAUCUAGCCUAAAUCAGUCGUUUUUCUUGGGUUCUGAAGUUGACCAAGAAAAUCGUUUUAAGGUUGGUCGUAAAUCGGAUAUUUGGUCAUUAGGUGUAAUCCUUUAUAUGAUGGUCUACGGUCAGUUACCUUUUAAUCAAGAUAAACUGCACUCUCGUCUAUCAGCCAUUAUAAGUCCCAGUGUAAAAAUAUCUUUGCCAGCUAUCGAGAAUAAAUCUAUUUAUAAGGCAUUAGAACGGAGUUUAGUUCGAAAUCAUUUAGAAAGAGCAUCUGUUGAUGAAUUACUGAGUUAUGAAUAUGUGUCUGGUACAUCAGCUGCUGACUUAUGGUAG